UCAUGUGAUUGUACAAGUCAUGUGACACAAGCUGUUUUCCAGAGCAGGACAGGGUCGGACCUGAAAAUGACAGCUGGGCGCUGUCGCCUGUUCACUGUUGUUGGUGUAAUGGUCAUGUUAGUCUAUUUUGAUGCGAGUCUCCAACGCGCUACAUUUCAGGUGUGUCAUGCGUGUGAGGGGAUCUUACAGAACGGAACCGCGGUGGGAAAUUUCUGCACAGUAUCGUCCGGUCAGGCCGAGGGACGCUGUUGCUUAGGGACACAGGGUCUGGAUGUGGACUCUAUCACAGGAUUAGAUCUCUCAAAUUGUUCACUAAGAGAAGUAAAAGGCCUGAAUGAAGCAUCAACAGCCAAAAUAAUAGACCUCUCAGCAAACCCCGUUUUAAACUUCAAUGACUCAGUCUUUCAAGGUUUCACACAACUGCAGCGUUUGCUGUUGCCAUAUCAUCUGACAUGUCCAGGGGGCAAUGCAUCCUGGGAAAAAGUGGAGACCAGAGGGGAGAUACGCCUGUGUGAAGGACAGAGGAACAGUUGUGAUCAAAUGGGGCACAAGUCUGGGGACUGCCCUGAAAAUGGCCUCUGUGCUCCAGAUGGGCCUGGCUUCUUCCAGUGCAGGUGCACACAAAGUCACCAUGGAUACAAGUGUCUCAGAGAGGGCCAGUUCCCAUUGGCUGAAGUGCUGGGGAUUUUGGGUGGGGCCACAGUCCUGGUCUCCGCCUUGCUGUGGGUGACACAGCGACGUAAGGCUAAGUCCAUCUGAGUCCCCACCCCCACUCCACUGUACCCCCACUCUCCCCAUCAUUCAUCAGGCUGCUGGCAGAACGAAUUAGAAUUAAUUGAUCUGCAGUUAAUUAGAAGGGGUGAAUCCUUAAUUGAUUGUUCAGCCUCUGUAAUAAAGCUGACCUCAUUCCUCUGGAUACUAACUUUCCACAGAGGGCAAACUGUGCCAGACCCUGGGCAGUGGCCUAACUCAGCAUGCAGGUUGUGGUCACUUAUGAAAAGUAUGAAAAUUACACUGUCAUCUCCUCUAUAUUACAUCAACCUGUCAGUACAACAAGCCUUACACUUCUGGUAGUACCAUCUGUAAUCACAUCUGUGAAAGUACAUGUCUGUAAAUUGGAAGCGUGAGGUUGUCUGGUCAUUGGUGGGGACAUGCAUGCCUGUGUAAUUCUUUUCUGUAAUUCCUUUUUGGAAUUAUGAAUGGAAGAAAUGAUUUGAUUCAUGUAACCACUGUAUGAAUGCACUGCCUUUUAACCUAUGGAGUCAUUUAUGUACCUGUGGAAUUCCUGUCCUUUGCUGUACAUUGCAGCCUGUUUGUGAGAUACACCUUCUACUCAGGAUAAGUGCUAUAUGUCAUAUGCUCUGUAUAUCUGUUAUAUAAAAUGUUACAUUACAUUUA